AUGCCCACUUCCUACUCUGAUCGUGACAAACGAGAUCGCUCCUCCAAGCAUUCCAAGUAUGACGGAUCCAAGAAGCGGGAUAGAGAAGAUCGAUCUAUGAAUUCGCACCACAAGUUUGAAGAUCAAGAACCCACCAAGGAAGUUGAGCCACAACAACAAGAACAACAAGAGGAACCACAAAGCAAGAAGCGCAAGACCGAGGUUGUUGAAGAGAGCGGCAAGCACAAUGAGGAUCAAGUACCUGAGCAUUUGCAACUGAGCAAGUUCAGAAUCUCCCAAGGCACUGUUGAGAACUUGGAGGCUCGUGGCAUCAAGUCAUUGUUCGAUAUCCAAGCAGCUACCUUCGAUUCUAUCUUUGAUGGCAACGAUGUCCUUGCACGUGCACGUACUGGUACCGGCAAGACGCUUGCAUUUGCAUUGCCCGUCAUUGAAAAGUUGGCAUUGGAUACUGAAUACAACACUCGUCGUGGUCGUGCUCCAAGAGUAUUGGUCAUGUGCCCUACUCGUGAUUUGGCCAAGCAAGUGUGUGGUGAUUUCGAGACUAUCUCUGGCAACCGUCUUCAAGCAUUGCCCGUCUAUGGUGGUACUCCUUAUCAAGAACAAACCUCAGUCCUCAAGGCUGGUGUGGAUGUCAUUGUUGGUACUCCUGGUCGUAUCCUUGAUCACAUCAAGUAUGGCAAUCUUAAGCUUCAUGCUCUCAAGUACAUUAUUCUCGAUGAGGCUGAUGAAAUGUUGGAUGCUCGUGGUUUCGAACAAGACAUGUUUGCAGCACUCGACUUUGUCAAGGAGCAGAAAUCAGAACGUGAUUACCAGACUUUGUUGUUCUCUGCUACUGUUCCCGAUUCAGUCUUGGAAACUAUUCAGCGAUUUAUGAAGAGCGACUAUAAGCGUAUCGAUCUUGUCGGCAAUGCAAAGAACCGCACCAACCAAAACAUUCGCCAUAUUGCUAUGCCUUCAUCUUAUCAAGCACGUGCUGAUAUUAUCGGUGAUGUCGUCAAUGUCUAUGGUCGAAGUGGAUUGACAGUCAUCUUUUGCGCCACCAAAGCUGAUGCCAACGAAUUGGGUACUCAUGAAAAGAUCAAGCAAGAUGCUGCCGUAUUGCAUGGUGAUAUCGCACAACAAUCGCGUGAAUCAACAAUGAAGGCUUUCCGUCAAGGCAAAUACAAGUGUAUUGUGUGCACAGAUGUGUUGGCGCGUGGUCUCGAUAUUCCUCAAGUGGAUUUGGUCAUCAAUUGUCAACCUCCCAAGGAUACUGAAAGUUACGUUCAUCGUUCCGGUCGUACGGGUCGUGCUGGUCGUAAGGGUGUCUGUGUCACCUUUUUCAAGCCCCAAGAAGAAUCUCUCUUGAAUCUUAUUACUCGUCGCACUGGUGUCCAAUUUGAACGCAUGUCAGCUCCUCGUCCCGAAGAUAUCAUCAAGGCUACCACUGAGGAUGCUCUUCAACAAAUCGACACUGUGAAUCCCGAUGUCUUGCCCUUGUUUGCUGAAUCUGCUCAAGAAUUGAUUGAAAAGCAUGGUGCUACUAAUGCUGUUGCAGCUGCCCUUGCCUUCGUCUCUGGUUAUCAUCAAGGUGUCCCCAGCCGUUCAUUGCUUUCUGCCAUGGAAGGUUUCACUACCCUCAUGUUCCAAAUCGAUCGUGAAAUCCAACAUCCUGGUUAUGUCCGCAGUAUCAUCAAGCGUGAAUUCCCUGAAUUGGGUUAUGAGGAUUGCCGUGCAUGGCGCAUGACAAGUGAUUAUUGUGGCGUUGUUUUCGAUGUUGUCUCCUCCAAGGUUGAAGUGAAGGAAGAUGGUCAAGUCUUGCUUGCCGGUCGUCCUUACAAUGGUAAUCGUGGUGUGUCUCUCGUUUCUCUCAAGGAAUUACCAGAGCUGGCUGAACGAGAGCAACGUGACUUUGGUGGUCGUGGCAAUGGUCGUGGCUAUGGCGGCGGCGGAUACGGUGGCGGAUACAAUAACAACAAUAACCGAAAUGGCCGCAAUGGUGGUGGCUACCGAAAUGGUGGAGGUUACGGAGGAGGAGGCCGUGGUGGUGGCCGUGGAGGCUAUGGUGGUCGCAGAUAG